AUGUGUAUGAAGGCUGAAAAUAUAAUGUUGACUUUGUUGAUCCCUGGUCCAACAGCUCCUGGGAAUAACAUAGAUGUUUACUUGGCACCACUGAUAGACGAUUUAAAAGAUUUGUGGGCUGAGGGUAUUGAAGUCUAUGACUCAUUUGCGAAAGAGAACUUCACACUUAGAGCCAUGCUGCUUUGGAGUAUCAGUGACUAUCCAGCCUUAGGAACAUUGUAUGGAUGUAAAGUGAAGAAGAAACAAGCCUGCAAUGUAUGUGGAAAUGAUACACCUUCCAGAUGGCUUAAGUUUAGCCGUAAGUUUGUCUAUAUGGGGUAUAGAAAGAGACUACCUCCUGGCCAUCGUUACCGAUAUAAAAAAGCUUGGUUUGACAACACUGUUGAGGAAGGGAAUGCCAAAAGGAUACAAACUGGCGAUGAAAUAUAUGAGACACUACAAGCUUUUAGGAAUGAAAAAAUUGUGUCGGAUGCUAUAUUGUCAAUCUUGAUGCAAAGUGCUAAGUCCAAAGAUGGUUCGAAAGCAAGAAAAGACUUGGAAGAUAUUGGAAUCAGAAAUCACUUGCACACAGAGGUCAGGGGAAAGAAAACAUACUUACCUCCACCAGCCUAUUGGUUAUCCAAGAAAGAAAACACCAUUUUCUGCCAAAGGUUAUCUGAGUUUAGAGGUCCUGAUGGUUAUUGUGGUAAUAUUGUGAAUAGUAUUUCAGUUAACCCUCCAAAUAUAGGUAGUUUAAAGUCGCAUGAUCAUCAUGUCCUAGUACAGAACUUGUUACCGGCUGCAUUAAGAGGGUUGUUACAUAAGGGUCCUAGGAUUGCCAUCAAUAGAUUAUGCAGUUUCUUCAACAGGUUGUGUCAACGCAUCAUCGACCCGGAGAAACUAAUGACAAUGGAGACAGAUUUUGUCGAAACAAUGUGUCAACUGGAGCGCUUCUUCCCUCCAUCCCUUUUUGAUAUCAUGUUCCACCUUCGAAUUCAUCUAUCAAAAGAGGCACGUUUGGGAGGACCAGUACACUUCCACUGGAUGUAUUCCUUCGAAAGGCACAUGAAAACACUUAAGGCUUUUGUUAAGAAUCAUGCAAGGCCAGAAGCAUAUUCAGUACCAGUUCAAGAAACAGUUAAUCGCAAUGAAGAUAUUGAGGCUGAUAGAAGCAUGGUUGAAGGUCGACCUCUGCAGAAGGGUAUAGAAGUUACCCUAUCAGAUAAAGAUAGAGACACUGCACAUCGCUAUGUGCUAAUGAACAUGGCAUCUUUGGAUCCUUAUAUAGAGUAA